AAAAAAGCCCUCGCAGGCCAACAAAUUUCUAAACAUAUGACACAGACAAUUCAUAAUUUAUUCCCUCGUUUACACCGCCAGCCAUUCAAUUCCCCCAAGCCGUGAAGCCUUUUAUCUUCUAUCUUGCACACUUUCCAAAUUUCCCAUAGCCAAAAACUUCAAACUUGUCGGAGAUGACGAAUUACGGCACGAUUCCGACAUCAUCAACGCCAGCCACCACGACUUCAAGAACUGAGUAUCUAACACGCGCCAAGGAACGCAUCAAAGAAGGUCUCGGCACGCGCCGCUCAUGGCGCGAGAUGUUCGACUUCCAUGCCUUCAAACUCCCGUCCUCCACGGACGAAGCUGUUUCUCGGAUCAAAACAAACUUCGCCUACUUUCAGAUGAACUACGCGAUCGGGGUUCUAUUGGUUAUAUUUCUCUCCCUUAUAUCGCAGCCCAUUUCGCUCAUCGUGUUGGUGGCGAUAACGGCCGCAUGGCUGUACUUCUACUUCCUCCGCGACGAGCCGAUAGUGAUCUUCGGCAGAAUUAUUACCGAUCAAAAUGUGAUGAUUGGUUUAUCGGUUAUUACAAUCGUUCUUCUGCUGUUGACUGGCGCCACUACGAAUAUUUUGUCCUCGCUGUUGGUCGGUGUAGUGGUGGUUCUGAUUCACGCCGCCGUGAGGAAAACUGACGAUCUGUGCACCGAUCCGGAGGCUUCUGGAGGCUUGUUGUGGCCUCCAGCCUCCAGUGGUGUUUGCUGAUUCGCGCUGCCGUGAGGAAAAUUGAAUGUUUGUGCUUCGAUCCGGUUGCUGCCGGAGGUUUUUCGAGUUUGUUCUUCUUUUUAUUCUUCUGUAAGUUCGGCCAAUCAUUAUCAGUAAUCGUUAUUUGGUUGUUCGAGCUUCAUUUAUUUUCCUUUCAA